ACUACAGUCACUUGUUUGAACUUAACUUCUUUUAUGUUUAGGUUGCCGUAGAGACAAGGAUGGCUACUAUUGGAUAACGGGGAGGAUAGACGACAUGCUCAACGUCUCCGGCCACUUACUGAGCACAGCGGAGGUGGAGUCGGCUCUGGCGGAGCACGAGGCGGUCGCCGAGGCCGCUGUGGUGGGCAGACCUCAUCCUGUCAAAGGAGAAAGCCUCUACUGCUUCGUAACGCUCACUGAUGGAGUGACGUACAGCCGCACGCUGGAGGCAGAGCUCAAAAAACAAGUGCGGGAGAAGAUCGGUGCCAUCGCUACGCCAGACUUCAUCCAGAAUGCUCCAGGACUCCCCAAGACCAGAUCUGGCAAGAUCAUGCGACGGGUGCUCCGCAAAAUCGCCUGUGAUGAAAGGGACCUGGGCGACAUCUCCACGCUGGCCGACUCCUCGGUGGUCGAGCAUCUCUUCCAGAACCGAUGCUGCGUCGGCGUGUGACGGCCUCCGGGAUCCUCGCAGGGAGGCUCCAUCUGCAGCUGCGCGGCGGCGGCCACAAACACAACCAGGGGGGAAGAGGAAGAAGAGACGGAGGAGAAACACAAUGAACUUGGGUCUUGUCCAACAAACAACCUUUAGCUCCUGAUGAGUACGACCAGUGUGCAGCAGAGCCUUGAACAUCUGUCUGGUUACUGGCAGAAGUAGUAAACACUUUAAGAGCAACAAACAAAGUGUAGGAAUUAAUAAGAACAUCAGUCAUUUGGUUUUAAUGUUUUCCAGAAGCAGACAGAGUUGCUGCUGUUUAAAAAGAAAACAAGG